AGGCAAAAAUGGGUGGAGGAGGCUAUGAGGAUGAAGAACAAGAAACACCAUUAUUGCAGAACUCAUCUCAUAAUCAUAUGAACACUGGUUUGCUCUGAUGUUUCAAUACUCUGUAGCUUUAUUUAUUUUUAUCAAUAUCAUUGAUUGAAUUAAUUUCAAACUAAAACCAUACCAAUAAUAACCAAUCUGAAAUUUGAUCUGAUCUCAUUAGCUUAUUUCUGGUGUAGUUGACUUUAUACAACUCAAAAACCAAACUUACCUUAUUUGUUAUGCAAACAUGAAUAGGUUCAGGUUCUCUCUUUCAAUAACAUUUCAUUUAUACAACUCCAUCUGCGAUGAUAAAACCAAUACCGAUACUGUGAUGAACCGAACCAAUAUCAUUUGAACAUCGACCGGCAAGGUUGUAAGAAUCGCUAGGCGCUAGUAGGCUGGUGGGGUUCUGACUAGUGAUUAAUCGGGAUUAAUCUGGAUUAAUCGGAUUGGGUUUUAUAUGUAAUUUUCAGUUUUAUAUGGACACACGCACGUUUUUAUAUGCAUUUUUUUAAGUAGAGAUGUUUUAGCACCUUCUUUGACCCAUAUUUUCAAGUAGAUAGGAUUAAUUGCCGGAAUUUACAGGUUAUGGUUAAGAAUCUGGCCGGAAUCGUUAGACUGUCACCGAUUUUUGGCCAAUUAGGACUGGAUUUGACCAUUGUUGACCGCUUACUGAUUAAUCGGCUGAUUAGAUAAAAAUUACUCGUGGUGAACCUGGGACUAGCGAUUAAUCAACGACUAAUCGGAGGCUAGUCGGGACUUUUUACAACCAUGGGUACCGGUGUUCGUUUUAUGGUUUUCGAUCGGUGUAAAACACUUGUUGAUUGUUAUACCGAGUGCCUGCAUCAUGCAUCAGUCGAACCGAUACUGACCGAAAACCCACCGCGAUAGCGCGGGAAAUCCUACUACUUCACACAAUAUUCAGACGCAGUCACCAUUGACAUGUCAUACAGGCCGUAUGGGUCAUAUGACAGGAAGAAAAUGGUCGUAUGGCCGUGUAUGACAGAGUAGAAUUGGUCGUAUGGGUAGUAUGUGGGCAAAUUAUACAUCCAUGUGACCUGUUUGAUUGAUACAUAAAUGAUUGAUUUGACUACUGACAAAGUUACAUGACCAUUUUUCACUAGAAAAAACCUAAAUAUUCAUGUUGACUCAUGUUGACCAGAAUUUUUUUCCGAUAUAGACAUGGAAUUUAGCCGUCCUCAAAAAACGUGGGCUAAGCCUAGCUAGCACCCAAAAUCGGGGCUAAGCUCCAAAAGCGAGGGCUUAGCCAUCUCGGCCGGCGGGUCUGAUGUGGCGGAAAUGAGGGCCGACUACUUUGCUGAAGGCUAAAAUUCUAUGUCUAUUUUGGAAAAAAAAAAUAUAUAUCUAGUCAACAUGACUAUUUAGGUUGUGGCUGAGCUAGCUUGUGGAGUGGGAUCACUCCAGCGGUUGGGAGGACCGUGCAAUAUUCCCCCCCCCCCCCCGACUAUUUAGGAACUGUAUGGACAGCCCUAGCACAUAUUAUAACAGGAGUGAUAGGAUCAGGUGUUUUAUCACUAGCUUGGAGCAUGGCACAGCUCGGAUGGAUCGGUGGCCCGUUAUCUCUGUUACUCUUUGCAUUUUUCACUCUUGUUUCUGCAUACUUCAUCUCUGAUGUUCAUAUAUAUUCAAACCCAAACACUGGCAACACCACUGUGAACCAGUCAUACUUGCAGGCCGUUCACACCAUUUUAGGAUAUAAGAAUGGAUUGGUGUGUGGAUGCUUGGUGUAUUUCAGUAUAUUCAAAACAGGAGUUGUGUAUACAAUUACAUCAUCAAUCAGCAUGAGAGCAAUUAGGCAAUCAAAUUGUUACCAUGAACAAGGACAUGAAGCAGCAUGUGAAUUCAAUGAUACAUAUUAUAUGCUUAUGUUUGGAAUGGUUCAAAUACUAGCUUCUCAAAUACCCAACAUUUUUCAUACGAAAUGGCUCUCGAUUAUUGCUUCAAUCAUGUCUUUCACCUAUUCUUUUAUUGGAAUGGGCCUUGGAUUAGCCCAAGUAAUAGCAAAAGGGAAAGUUGAAGGUAGCAUUAGUGGAAUCUCAACUACUAAUCCCACACAAAAAGUAUGGUUGGCUGCUCAAGCCCUUGGGGAUAUUGCAUUUUCAUAUACAUUUUCAUUAAUCCUUCUUGAAAUACAGAGCACUUUGAAGUCACCACCAUCUCAAAAAGUUACCAUGAAGAAGGCUUCCACCAUUGCAGUGUUUACAACUACAAUCUUCUACGUAUGCUGCGGUGGUUUCGGCUAUGCAGCAUUUGGAGAUUUGACUCCCGGGAAUCUGUUAACCGGGUUCGGGUUUUAUGAACCGUAUUGGCUCGUUGACUUUGGUAACGCGUGCAUUGUUCUCCAUUUAGUUGGAGGGUAUCAGAUAUACAGUCAGACACUAUUUGCAAUUGUAGAAAGAUGGUAUGCAGAAAAAUUCCCGCAAAGCGCGUUCGCAAAAGACGUUACAAGCUUGAAGGUGUCUUUAUUGCCCGAGUUUAGAAUAAACCCGCUUCGGCUAUGUUUUAGAACAACAUAUGUGGUUUUGACAAUGGCAGUUGGGAUGUUAUUCCCUUACUUCAAUGAAGUUGUGGCGUUUGCCGGAUCUGUGAUAUUUUGGCCCUUGACCAUAUAUUUCCCUGUAGAGAUGUACUUUGUGCAGAAGAAGGUUGUACCUUGGUCCGGAAAAUGGAUCGUUCUUCGUAUAUAUACCGCAUUUUGCCUGUUUGUAACGGUUUUUACUUUGGCUGGGUCCAUUGAAGGACUCAUUGCCAAAAGAUUUGGCUAGUAAUUGUUGUGUAAAAAGUUUGGAUAGUAAAUAUUUAGGGUGUAUUAGCCCAUUCUCUUUGUAUCAAAACAAUUAUGUAAAUUUUAAAAUGUAAAUUAGUCUAGUUUCAGUUA